AUGGUGAAACCGUGUGGAAAGAUCCUGCGCGACUGCGAGGUCACAGCGCGUGAUCUAUCGUUCAGGUCCGUCUGGCGAGAGCUCAAAGCUCAAUGCUGGACGCGGAAGGUGCCGCCACGACGAAGUCUGGACGAUCGCUACUUCUACGUCAGACCCGGCGGCAGUACAAGCGGGGCGUCAGGCGUCGACUACUUCAUGGGCGAGGAGGGAGUGCUGGAGUAUUAUGCGAACGUCACUCAUGAAAGCACACCGGGCGACGAGUUGCUGGCCGACAACAUUGACGACAGCUUGAACACCGUGGAUGCAGCUGACGGUGCAUCAUUCGGAGCCAUGGAAUCCGGGGAUGAGGCUGAGAGAGAUGACGUGGAGACUGGUGAGUACGGCUCGGACGACGAUGCGGAGCAGUGCGCAGCUGAAGAUCCCAUCGACAACGCGUCUAGCUACCCUGCUUUGCGCCAAGGCUACUCGGUGCCAACAGCGGAUGCGCUUCGGCGAGGUGACUCCCCCGUGGCGCUAUUCUUCUAUUUCCUGCCAGUGGUGCUGUGGCAGCACAUUGCUGCUUGCUCCAACGAGUAUCAUCGAGAGAUGCUUCCACAGCGCAUCGACGAAACGUAUCGGCGGUACCGACGGAAGCAGCGCCUCAAUUCAGACCUACCGAAGAAGACACGACGCGACAUUCAGCACGAUUUGGAAGGAAUGAAGCCUAUUUUACCUCACGAGUUGUGCCAGUUCAUAGGC